GACGCUUAAUUACUUAUCCAGAGCGCACCGUUGUAACCGAGUGCGGUCGACAGGGGCGGCAGAGGAAGAGACCGAUGGCGAGUGGGUGCGCGGUGUCGGUCGCCGGCGGCUCCAAGUGGUUGCUCCAAUUCAAGCACCAGGAUGCUCGCGAAGGCCUCGCCAUUAGCCGCUUGCCGCCUCUUCGUCCGUCGACAAGCCUUCCUCCCUCCCUACUCCUCCGCCUCGCGAGAACCCCAGACCGCUGCCGCCUCUUCACUGUCGCAGCCCAAGAUUCCAACCCUCGGCAGCAGCAGCAGCAAGAUCUCGACGUUUCCGUCCUCCGCUUCACUUUUGGGAUUCCGGGUCUUGAUGAGUCCUACCUUCCGAGGUACAUUGGAAUCGCCUUCGGAUUCCUAAUCAUACUCAACCACGUCUUUUCCGCCUCCCCCGCUACUCCCGCUCAGCUGAGGACCGAGGCUCUUGGGAUGUGUUUGGCCGCCUUCUCGACCGCCCUCCCUUAUCUUGGAAGGUUUCUUGAGGGUGCAAAUGCAACAGAUCGGGCAUCAAUACCAGAAGAAAAUAAGCAAAUAUUCUUCAUGUCAAAUGACAUCCUAGAUACUCAGAAGGGAGAUCUGGCUUGGGCAUCGUAUGCUCUUUUACGCAACACGAACAGCAUGUCAGUGAUUAUAGCAGUUAAUGAUGUAAUAUGCGUACGUGGCUACUGGAAUACACCUGAAGAUAAAGAUGCUUCAAAAGAUCAUCUACUGAAUUGGUUCAAUAGUCAGAUUCAGAAGACUGGGUUUUUUGACCUAAAAGACAUGUUAUACUUUCCUCAAUGCUCAGCUACAGAAUCUGAACUUGGGACUCUACUACCUAAAGGAACUCUGUCAGCGCUAAUACAACCAGUGAUCAGAACCUCUGAUCCAGUUGUUAAUUUUGCAAUGAAGAAUGAAGGAUUUAUCCUGCUGGCAUCCAGUGUCAAAUAUGCAUAUUCUGAAAAAGAUAGAGCUUGGAUCAGAGCAGUUGCUAAUAAAUUUUUGCAUAAAAUUUCGAAGGAUUUGUAACAUCUCAAUGAGAAUUAGAGGCGAAAUCAUCUACAAGUAUUGUGGUUGCCAUCAGGCUGCUUCACCGAACGUCAAGUUACCAAAGCCUUUGGGUUCAUAACCUCACUCAUUUCCUGUAUCAGGUAGUAUUAUACAAUCAUUUCGCUGGACUCUAAUAAUACCGUUAGUUUUUAUUUGAUAUGCAGUUAUUUCCUGCUUUGGCAAUGACCAAGUUGGAAUGAAACUUUCUCCCAUCUUUUAAAAACCUUUGGUAUCAUCAUGGAAUAGUCUAUCGACAUGCGCAACCUAUAAUGUCAAUUGCGGUAUAAGUUCCCUGCCAGGUAAUGUAGAGUAACAUAGUGAUGGAGAUCAGCAUUUGCUCCUCAGCUCAGUAAUUUUGGAUAAAAUGUUAAGCUACACAUGUUGAUAUAGUGAAUGGCACCUUGUUCA